AUGGGAAGACAGUUUGCCGGUAAUUACGGUAACAUUUUAUUUGUAUUCAUUUAUUUUCCUAAUUUGAGAAUUCAGGCGGAAUCGGGACCGUUUACAGCUGUAAAAAGUGUGAUACAUAUUUAACGUGUCACGGAGAGCUCACCAGCGCCAAUUUCACCGGUAAAUUUUGGUUUUUGACACGUUUUGAUGGUUGAUUUUGCAGGUAGUACUGGUCCUGCGUGUCUUUUCAAGCGCGUUUGGAACAUUUUAGAAGAAGAGGCCAUUGAAAGGAAAAUGCUGACCGGAAUGCACGUGGUUCGCGACGUCAAAUGCCUCGUUUGUGAGGUCAUUUUCUGAAAAACUCAAUAAUAUUUUUCAGCAUUUUUAGAUAAAAUUUCAGGGCUUUCUUCCGACUUUAUUAACGGGUUAAAAAAGUUUUUUUUUUCAAUGAAAAGUGCUUUAAAAAAACUUUCUAGUCUGAGAAAAAGUCCAUGGGGGGCUUUAAAGGAGCACAAACAGGUUUUGAAAUGAAAUAUUAAACGAAAAGAUUGUUUUUAGUUAUUUAAAGCUUUUGUACGUUUCGAAUUCAGUAGUGCUUGUUCUCUCUAUUAAAAAAAAUCGAAAACAAGGAAAACUUGCAAGUUUUUAUAGGCAAAAGUCGGCUGGAUGUACGAGUUUGCCUACAGCGAUGACCAAACUUACAAAGAAGGGCAGGUUAUUCUGGAGUUGGCGUUGAUCCGACAAUCAGAACCGCUUGACGAUCCCCUUGGAGAAGAUAAAGUCGCUUUGAUGUUAGUAGCUUGAAAAGUCAAGAAAAAAAUUCGGAAAAAUGAAAAGAAAACGAAAAUUUUAAAGUGAGGGAGCUCUGGAGCGUCCUCGCCGUCAGCGCCGUCGCAACAGAAGCUCAGCUUCGAGUUAUGCGAGUUCCCGGAGUUCUCGUUCUAUUUAA